CCUUUCUAUCCAGUCUGGGGGACUUUCUGUCCCUCUGAAUUAGAUGCACUGUCGUACGAUUGUUUACUCUCUUAUCACUUAACACUGGUGGCAAAACAUGAUUUUUGUUUAUGAUUUCCCUCCCAACGGGCAGCCUGUUGCGGUUUUUCCUUUACAUCCAUGAUGCUGACUCCUGCAGGCUCUGAUGCUCCACGUCAGGCACGAGCUGUUUCGGCUUGGUGCUGACGUCACUGCACUCCCAUAAUGCAACGAAACAUAUGACAAAAAAGUAAACAAGAGGUAUUCACGAUGGCAGCGGACAGUGAUCCCGAGACGGAGGUGUUUGAGAUCACGGACUUCACUACCGCGUCCGAAUGGGAAAGGUUUGUGUCAAGAGUUGAGGAAGUGUUAAAUGACUGGAAGCUCAUUGGCAGCUCUGCCGGAAGGGCUUCUCCAGAGAAGGGUGAAUACACCAGUGGCACCUGGGAGGAAAAGUCUCAGGAGAUCAACUUCGCUGACUUCAAGUUCUCUAUAACCCACCACUACUUGAAGCAGGAAUCAGACAAGAGUGAUCUGAAAGAGGAACUCGAGGAAGAUGCAUUUCCCUUGGCUAUGCAGGACCUCCUGUGUAUGAACAAUGAUUUUCCUCCGAGGGCGCACUGUCUGGUGCGAUGGUAUGGCAUGCGAGAGUUCUUGGUCAUCUCACCGGGGACCAACUGUGAAGCCAUCACCAGCGAGUCCAAGUGCAACUUACUGCUCAGCUCCGUCUCUAUAUCUCUGGCCAACAGCGGUUGUCAGGUGCCAAUGUUUGUGCAGAUCCAGCAGAAGUGGAGGCGGCUGUACGCCGGGGAGUGCCAGGGUCCGGGCGUGCGCACCGAUUUUGAAAUGGUCCACCUCCGCAAGGUGCCCAGCCAGUACAACCACCUGUCUGGCCUGCUCGACAUCUUCAAGGCCAAGAUAGGCUGUCCCCUGACCCCCCUGCCCCCCGUCACCAUCGCCAUCCGCUUCACUUACGUCCUGCAAGACUGGCAGCAGUACUCCUGGCCCCAGCAGCCUCCAGACUUUGACGCUCUUCUCGGAGGCGAGGUGGGUGGGGUGGAGUUCGGCAAGCUUCCGUUCGGCGCCUGCGAGGACCCAAUCAGUGAGCUGCACCUCGCCACCACUUGGCCGCACCUGACCGAAGGCAUUGUGGUGGAUAACGACGUCUACUCCGACCUGGACCCUCUCCAAGCCCCCCACUGGUCUGUGCGAGUCAGGAAAGCGGAAAAUCCCCAAUGCUUGUUAGGAGACUUCCUGAACGAGUUCUUCAAGCUUUGCUGUAGGAAGGAAUCCACCGAGGAGAUAUUGGGCAGAGGAUUGACCGAGGAAGAGGGCAAAGAGAACACUGACCUCAGCGCGGCUCUCUCCAAGCUGACGGAGCCGGCGGCCGCGCCCAUGUCAAAGCUGUCCGUCUCCAGCAUGGUGCACAGCGCCCGCAAGCACAUCCGCCGCCACCGCCGCGUCGACGAGUCGCCGCUCAGCAACGACGUGCUCAACUCCAUCCUGCUGUAUUUAUUCCCGGACGCGGCGGUGGAGAGGUCUUCGACGGGGACUUCGGACGCCAGCGACGGCCGGGCCGCGCCGCCACCUAGCACCGGCGGCAGGAGCGAGCCCGAUAAAGACUCCGAUUAUAACCUGUUCAACCAGCUGAAGUCGGCGCCCAGCGACAGUCUGACCUAUCGGCUGGCCCUGUGCGUGUGCCUGGUAAACUUCUACCACGGUGGCGUGCGCGCCCUGGCCCAUCUGUGGCAGGAGUUUGUGCUAGAGAUGCGCUUCCGCUGGGAGAACAACCACCUAGUCUACGGGCUGGCCAGCGGAGCCCCUGAUCUCCGCUGUUGUCUGCUGCAUCAGAAGCUCCAGAUGCUCAACUGCUGCAUCGAGAGGAAGCGGGCGAGGGACGAGUCCCGGAAGGCCAGCGACGGGGGAAAGGAGCGGGACCGACAGCUGCCGGGCGGCGGCGAGAACGGGCGCCGUAGCCGCCGCGGCGAGGGCGCGGCCGGUGCCACCGCCGCCACGGCGGCCGGCUCCGGCGCCGCGCGGGAGGCCUCCCCGGGGAAGUCGUGGGACUCGUGGAGCGACAGCGAGGACGAGUUCUUCGAGUGCCUGAGCGACCAGGAGGAGGCGGCGGCGGCGAAGGAGGGCGAGGCGGAGAAGGGCGCAGCCGGCAGGGCCAAGCCCCCCGACGGCAGGCUCCACCCCCACGGCACCAUGACCCUCCUGAACCCGUCCACAGAGCCCAUGUACAUCCCCGUCACGCAGGAGCCGGCCCCCAUGACGGAGGACCUCCUGGAGGAGCAGUCGGAGGUGCUGGCCAAGCUGGGCACCACGGCCGAGGGUGCCCACCUCCGGGCCCGCAUGCAGAGCGCCUGCCUGCUCUCCGACAUGGAGUCCUUCAAGGCCGCCAACCCGGGCUGCUCUCUGGAGGACUUUGUGCGCUGGUACUCUCCCCGGGACUACGUGGAGGAGGAGGUGGUGGACGAGGCGGGCGCCCCCGUGCUCCGGGGCGAGCUGAGCGCCAGGAUGAAGAUCCCGGGGAACAUGUGGGCCGAGGCCUGGGACACGGCCAGGUCGGUGCCCGCGCGCCGCCAGAAGCGGCUGUUUGACGACACCAAAGAGGCCGAGAAGGUCCUGCACUACCUGUCAGUCCAAAAACCAGCUGACCUGACCCGGCAUCUCCUGCCAUGCAUCCUGCAUGCUGCCGUGCUCAAGCUCAAGGAGGAGGAGUCCCUGGAGGACAUCCCUUCAGUGAAGAAAGCUGUCCAGCAGGCCACUUCUCAUGCCAGCAAGCAGCUACGACACCCCAACCCCGACCACAAGAAGCUCGAAGAAGUCAUCAGUCAGCUGGUGGCGGUGGAGACAGUCAUUGCCCGCGCCCGCUCCCUCAAGGCAAAGUUUGGCAUAGGCAAAGCUGAGGCAGGAGAGGAUUCCGAAGAUCUGGAGAAGUUCGUCAUCUCCUUGCUGGAGGAGCCGGAGGUGGCGGUGUUGGGUGCUGGACGCGGGCCGGCUGGCAGCAUCAUCCACAAGCUGUUUGUCAGCUCUCAGAGGGCAGCCCUACUGGCACCCAUGGACGACGACCUGGUCCGUCCAGGGGGCGGGGCCGAUGACAGGAAGCCGAUGGGCGGCGGCCUCAACGUGCCCGACUUCCCGCCCCCCGCGGGGCGCGAGAUCCUUCUGCGGACGUGCGUCCCGCGGCCGGCGCCGUACUCCAAGGCCCUGCCCCAGCGUCUGUUCUGUGUGCUCUUGAGGGAGGACUUCAGACUGGCCGGGGCCCUCUCCUCCGACACCUCCUUCUUCUGAGAGGACCCCCCCCCCCCCACAAGGAAGAAGUGCAUGCGUUCUUUUUUUCUUUUCUUUUUUUAUUAAGGGUUAUAUCGUCAUAUCGACUCCAAGCAAAACGCCACUGUUUUUGUGUUGCGGUCGAGGCGGUGGCUUGACCAGUCCAUCCAUAAGGAAUAUCGGGAAGCAGCGCGCUUUGUUGUUCUGAUUGUUAUUAUUGUUGUCAUUGCGUAAUGGCACACUGCGAUCAUUGUGGGUCACCACAGGUGUUUGUCAAUGUAUUUAUUCCCUCCCCUCUGUUUAGAGGGGAGACAAAUAAACCGUCUCUGUUUCACAUUGUGAUUUAAAGUAAUGACCAGACAAUGUGAGGUUGGUGUUUGGUUGGUUUACUGUGGAAGAAAAACAGGACAGGAAUGUCUUUGUUGACCGCGGUGUGCGCUACCAUACCACUAUUUGUUAGACGGACUUUACUGUCCGUUUUCAUCCAGAGGUUGACAAAAGGUAACAACCACUCUGUAGUUCUUUAACUAAAGACUUGUCUUGUAUUCUCUCACCCGCCUAAGGUGUUUUCUAAAUAGAGAACAAUCACUUGUCUUUGGCGAACCAACCUAACCAUACCUGACAAAAUAAUGGCACUAUUUAUGUUUACAAUGGUAUCUUGUGUUUAUCAUGACCUUCUCCUCAACAACUCGUUUCGUCAGGGUAAGCGUUCAACCUGGCAAGUUGACAAUUUGGGGAGACACCAUUUAUCUUCUCAUAUGUUAGUGCUAUUUGUCUCGCAUCAGCUUACAUACUCAUCUGUAUUCCUUGUGCAUUUGUGGUUUAGCUAAACAAAUAAAAAUGCAUUGUGGACAAAUGUAAACAAUGCUUGUUUACAUUUACAUAGGUGUAAAUGUAAUUCCUCAGUGUCCCCUACCUUGUAGAAACCCCUGGUCAAAAGUGCAAUUACACAUAUCAUAUAUUGUACACACAAUGUAUAAAUGUAAUAGAAUAACAAUGUAGCUUCACUCAAAGCAGAAGGAACCAGUUUUGAUUGUCGAUUUUCAUUGUGCUCUUUCUGCUAAAAAUUAUGUUUCAAAUUAAAAACUAUUGCCUAGUUAAAGCAUUUCUAUUGUCAUUAGUUGACUAGGGGAGUGGAUGUGAUCUGGGGAUAUGGAACUGAUAUGUACAUGAUAAAUGUAUUUCUAUGUCCUUUACUUUAGUACUGUAACAUGGAUAACAAUAAACACAUUCAAAUCAAACGCCUGACUGCUGCUUAUAGGUUACCGUGAUACCGUCAGCUUGAAGUCUUUUUGGGGGGGGGGAUUUGACAAUGAAAACAAUGCAAUCUCAUCUCUAUAUUUUAGAACCUCUUCACUGUAGCCACUUUGGACGAGAAAAAGUAUUUGAAUGAUGAACAUUUAAAGAAUACAUUUAAAUCCAUUUAAUCUAUCCGCCUCUGGAAUGAUGGCCAAAAGUAAUGUGAUCAACUGGUACCAUUUUAAUAACCAAGGGGGAGCAGUGGAUGGGAUUUUUAUUAAUAUUAUACCGUCAUUUCAAAUCAUUUUGAACAAAAGUGUUAGCUGGUGUGAAAAAGUGACAUAGUGCAGGUUUAAUAAUUAGUAAUCACACCAAAGGACUCUACAAUCAUCAAGUGCAGGACUGAAUGGGUACUUGUCACUUUUCCAUUCCUGCUCAUCAUUCAGUGCCUUUUAUCAAAGGGUAAAGCCACUUGAGACUCGCAUUUUAUUCUCACAAAAUGUGAAAAAUGUUUUAAUAUUGAACGACUUUCAUCUCUGAGUCUAUUUCAUUAUAGAAACAUGACUUGAAUGACUUAAUUUUUUGACAGACAGAAUAUGUAGACACGUUUACAUAGAAUAAGUUAACAUUUAAAUUCUUGUUACCUCGCCCCUAUGACACAUUCCAAAGUGUAAAUGUAGAUAUUUUGCUGGCCUCUUCACAUAAUCACGGUUAUGUCUGCGGUGGCCACAUUUCAGUGUCACUCCAAUGAAAUCCUUGCUGCGGAUUGAAAAUACCGCCCAGCUUGUGCUUAUGAACAGACUCUGCUCUGUUUAGGGUUAAACGAUUAUGGAAAAGAUUAGCAUUGCAAUACUUUUCACCGAUAUUCUGAUUGCAAUUAUUAAUUUUGAUUAAGAGGUUAAUUGAUGGCAUUAAUAAUCUUAAGUG